UGUUCCAAGUCGGACUUGAAAAAUGAUCGGACCGAAAAAGUCAACUCCAUCUAGGGAUUGUUUUUCUUCUCGUUUUCUGCGCAACGUUCCAGUUUAAAAGGUCUGUCAAACAGGGAGCAACGCAUAUGAGCUGAAAUGCCACAAGACGAACAAGCGACGAGCAACCAAAGGGGCUACCGUCUGCUGGGCAUCUUGGACGUGCAGAAGACGCCCUGCGCCCGGGAGGCGGUCCUUCACGGCGCCAUUGCCUCAUCGGCCGUCGGCCUGCUGCACUUUUUGGCCACCAGUCACGUGAAGCGGUCGUUCGAUGUAGGCGCGGGAGGCUUCUUGCUCGCCACUUUUGCUUCCUGGUGCUACUGCCGCGCUGGCAACGCCAGGCAGCGAGCGCAGCAGAGGAUUAUCCGGCGUGGCAUCGAGAACAAAAUGGUCUACCAGGGGACCCCUGUGGACCCCACGCGUCCCCUCAAAGCUCACGAGCCGCCCCGGGACCCUUCUGACGAGAUUGUCGCUGAUGGCAAGUGAGCUGAUCUUGGAUGUCCUCAGUGAGUUCUGUAAAGUCGUCCACUGACACCUGGCCAAGAGUAAGAUGUCGAUGAUGGAGGUAGAUUGGUGUCAAACGUUUUGUACUUGAAAAAACAAAACUUGUACUUGGAAAAAAACCCCUUGAAUCUGAAAAUAAACGUGCUAAGCUUAAAACUUGAAAAAUAAAACAAUGUGUUGAAAGUUUUUAUGAGAUGAAAAUAGUUUUGCUUCGCCUUGGUAAUUUUUUUUAAUAAACUUUACUUUCAGGUUUCACCUCUGUCAGGGUUUUCCAAAACUAUCUUGAUCAUAUGAUUAUGUUGGAAUGUAUGUAACCAGUAAUGAAUAACCUUGGUAGAUUAGUUUUAUGCUUAUGUUGGUGUGUAACCAGUAAUAAAUAACCUAGCUUGUUCCAUCCUACACAAUGUCGUAAAACAUCCCCUGCCCUGCUAAUCUAGAGGUCAAGGGCCUUUUUUACUUGUCUAUUCAGUCCACUGUCACCCCCACCCUUUUUCUCCUAAUAAAGAUGGUCUUGUGGGAAGCGAGAGUCAGACGUCAUUCGAUCAUUGUUGUACGCACAGUGACGAAUGGACUCUCCGCCUGCAGGUGCCCAAAACGACUAA